ACUCUGCACUGCUUUCCCCGAGUCCUAACCUUACACUGCUUACACAAGAUUUAGAUUCUAAUAAAACAUAAAUGUUUAUGACUCCGUUUGUAAAUUAUAACUGAAUACAAGAAACCAUAAAUAACACAUAACAAUGGAAGUGCCAUUUCAUAACCCGCACUAUAACAAUCAACGUUUCCGUCCACCAAACCAUUUCCAACGGAGACCAAACUAUGUUCCACGAGGGCCGCCGCAAGGGUUUAGACCACCAGGUUUUCAUUGGAGGCAGCAACCACCGCAAGAGCAUACAAAUGAAUUUUGGUGUGAAACGUGUGAUAGAGGCUUCCGGACACAAGAUAUUCUUGAAAAACACAAGCAACAACAUCAGAAAUGCAACAUAGAUGGCUGUCAAUUUAUUGCACAUCCUAAAGUAAUAACAAAACAUAUUCAGAUGCAACAUGCAUCUGGUCUGUACAAAAAAAUUGCUAAACUCCAAGAUCCCGAAGAAAUUAGAAAAUGGAGGGAAGAAAGAAAGAAGAAAUAUCCUACAAAAGAAAAUGUGGAAAAGGCAGCCGCAGCAAUUAAAGAAAAAAUAGAAAGAGGAGAAAAAAUGGGCCUGAAGAACAAAAAGCGAAUUCAGGACUUGAUGAUGGAGAUUAAUGAUACAGAGCAGACAGAGGAAGAACAUAGUGAGAAUGGUUUUACAAUUGAGGAUGAGGUAGAAAUAGAAGAGGCCAGCAAUCCUACAGAGCCUCCUUCAGGACCUUCAGUCAAGCUAAUGGCAAUCAAACACAAACAAUACAGCAACUUGGGAGCCAAGUUUCACAAACAAGAAAUGAUAGUGACGAUGAUAGUGGACCUGAAGAAGUAA